UAAGCAUUACUCCUAUUGUAGCAAAGGAUAUAUAGUUACUACUGGAAAGAUGUCAUUAAAUAAUUAUUAGCCAACUUUCUGACGCUUGUUAAAUGCAUGCUCUUGCAUAGUUGCAUGCUUAAAUGCCCUCCCAACGUAGCCAGAAAUUUUUGCAUCUUCACAAUAUUUCCUUUCUUCCUUAACAAUAAUAAUGGACCACAAACUCAACAAUACUCACCAAAAAACUCUUACUCAAUUCUUUCAUGAAGAAAAAAAUACUCCUAGCAUAGAAGAUGAUAAUGAUCUUCAUUCACCAAGCUUUCAUCACCUCUCUCUUCAACUCCAUGAAAAAAACCACCUUUCCCCUAACCAUAACCUCAACCUCAACCUCAACCUCGAGGCGGCGAUGUCGCCAUUGAUGCCUCAAAGCCCAGAAUCAAUAUGGUCUCAUUCUCCAUUAUGGACUCCUUCUCAUCCUUCUCUUCUUUAUUGUUGCAUUUCCUCCCUACACCGCGACGGCGACAUUUACUCUAUUGCUGUAUCAGGUGACCUAGUCUUAACUGGCUCGUCCAGUCGCCGAGUUCAUGCAUGGCAGCCACUCGACUGCCAUGCAAAAGGCUACAUUCAUGCAAGCUCCGGCGAUGUUCGAGCCAUGGUAGCCCAUGCUCACAUGCUCUUUACUUCACAUAAAGAUCACAAAAUUAGGGUUUGGGAUAUGAGAAAUGGUAAAGGCAAUUUUAGGCCUAGAAAAGUUACUACCUUACCAAAUGCUAGCCAUUUCAAAAGUUUUAUGUCUAGGCCAAUUACCCCACAAUAUAAGGUCACUUCUAAGACAAUUACCCCACAACAUAAGGAUAUUAUCUCUUGCAUGGCUUAUUACCUUGUUGAAGGGAUCUUAUAUACUGGCUCAUUUGAUAGAACUGUUAAAGCUUGGAGGUUGAAUGAAAAAAAAUGUGUUGAUUCUUUUAUAGCACAUGGAAGUAAUGUAAAUGAUAUGGUGGUUAACCAACAAAAUGGCUAUCUUUUUACUUGUUCUUCAGAUGGGACAGUAAAAAUGUGGUUAAGGGUAUAUGGGGAAAACUCCCAUGCUCUUAUUAAGGUUCUUUGUUUUCAUACAUACCCUAUUUAUGCUUUAGCCCUAAGUGUGUCACCCUCACAAAAGAGCUUCUUAUAUUCAGGAUCUUCUGAUGGAUGUAUAAAUUUUUGGGUGCAAGAGCUUUCUUGUAGGUACAAUCAUGCAGGCUUGUUACAAGGGCAUCGGUUUGCGGUCCUUUGUCUAGUAACCCUAGAGAAUUUGUUGAUCAGUGGAUCUGAGGACUCCACGAUUAGGAUUUGGAGGAGGGAGAAAGCGAAAGCGAAUCACGAAUGCCUCGCCAUUUUAGAAGGGCAUAGAGCUCCUGUACGAUGCUUGGGUGCUUUCUUGCAGAAGGAUGAUAAGUUUGCAAUGAGUUUUUUGGUGUAUAGCGCUAGCUUGGAUCAAACGUUUAAAGUGUGGAGAGUUAAGCUGUUACCUGCAGAAAUGAAGAAAUCUGAUUAUGGAGAUGAUGAUGAUGAUAUGGAGGGUGAGAAUAAGAUAUCGGAGUUUGAGAAAAGUCCUGUAUUGUCUCCUUCAUGGGUGAAGAAGAAGCUCCAGUGUCGCAGCCUCCAUAAGUUUCUUUGAUUAAUUGUUAACUUCAAUAUGUUGGCAUGUUGUCUAGUAUUGUUUUAUGUCAUUAUAUAGCUUAUAGUAGUAUAUUAAUAAUAGUUAUUUCUUCUUAUGCAUGUCCUCUAG